GCACAGUAGAAUAUUACAGUACUUGGAAUAAUUGUUUCCAGCAAAUGAUUUAUAAAGUAUUGAUGAUUCAUUGGUGUAAUAUUGUAUUACUUUGCCUUUCAAGAAAAAGAACCACAAAUUGGAGGAAUUUUUCAGCAGAUGAGCUGAGCUUGGAAGUAGGGCAGCUGGUACAGACGUAGAAUUCUCUGAUUGGAUUUGAUGUCAAGGGAAUUGUGAAGUCAUGAAUCAGGUGAGUGUUUCUGCUUCAGAGGGAAGCUGUUCUCCAUCACUGUAUCCCAAACUCACUUCGGCUGCAAAUGUCGUCUUCCUCCAUCCCGGAGCGGGGUCAGGCACAGACUUCAAUUUUCCAGGGGCCAAACCUCCACUGAGUCCGAAGCCUUGCAUCCUUCCACAAGCUCCUGUCGUUUCCACCUUAACCACUGGCAAACCGCAGCAGACGCACAUCAGCUGGGUUCAUAGUGCCAAGCAGAAAGAGGAAGCUGGAGCUCAGAGCAGAGCGAAACCCGACAGGAAAUCCUUUCUGUUUGCUGUCACUGAGAGGACUUCAAAGUUGUAUGGAGACUUAUAUACACCUGCACUGCUUCACAGGACCACACCUGCCAUUGAGGCUGCUGCUGUAACAUCACAUCCUGAUGAGGACGGUGGCAAAAUUUCAUCAUUGACUGCAGAAACAAAGUGCGCCAUGCUGCCAUCAGCCCGGCUUACACCUUCAGUUCCUGUAAAGGGAGAGGUAUUUGAUUGGAGCUCGUCUGCACACGCUCAGAGUGUCGCCAAAGCCAAGUACCAGUUUCUCUUUGGAAAGACUGAAGACACGAGCUCAUCAGAAACUGUGACCUCUCAAGUCCAAGUCAAAGAGGAAGCCAGCACAUGUGUCGAUGGUGCUCUUGAAGACGAUGAUGAUGUCGAUGAGACGUCACUGUUCCAGGACAUCGACAGGGAGCUGUCUAAUCUGUUAAGUGGCCUGACGGCUCGCAGUCAGAAUGCUGCGGCCCAGCGGGGCACGACCACCACCUCACCCAUGAUCCACUGCAACGGACCGAACGAGACGCCGCUGGAUAUGGCCAAUCGUGGCUUAGACCUACAGAACGGCCAGUCCGAGUUAGCUGGGGAGUCACUCCUGACGUCUGGACUGCUGUUUGACUCGUGGUGCGACGCGCUCAUAAAGGAUCCCAGCUCAAUGGUUGCCAGCUGCUUCAGCACCGAGAUCACCGCUCGAGACCCCGAGAAUGCUCAGGACAGCCAAAAUAAACCUGACGCCAACACAACAAUAGAAACCGCAGGACAUGAGGUCACGGGGUCACCCUCGCCCAGACGCUCUGAUGACCCAUCUGCAGGAAUUCUGGAUGAGUCCCUAGAGGAAUCCUGUAAGAUUCUGGCGGAGGUCCCGAGCAUCUACAGCGCCUUUCUGGAAGGGGGCAAACUGCAAGAGAAAGCACAGAAGAAGCUGCGCUUUGUAGAGAGCAUGACGGAGAGUGUACCGAAUGGACAGAUGCAGAAUGGAGCAGAGCAGAGCGGCAGCUUUAAAGAGGAAGUGAGUCAGGACAUGGAGCAUGCAGACAUCACAGGAGUGAGACCUGAUCACAAAUCAACACAACACAGCUCACACAGGUGUUUAGAAGGUAAAUCCAGUGCUGGUGAGGAGUCCACAGAUGUCUUCAGCUGUCAGUUUGAGAACAUCCUGGAGUCUGAGCGUCUGCAAGGGACUCUCUUCAGCAGUAUGAACUCAUUAGAUGUGCUGUGCAACCCUGCACCUGAUCCUGCUCCUCAAACCACUCCAGAACCCUUGUUUACCUUUGACAUCCCCCUCACGCCCAUGAUUCAACAGCGACUCAAAGACAGAACUCUGUUCCUGGACUCGACCGGAGCUGACCCAAGUGCAGACGGUGAAAUGUUGAGCGUCACCGCCACGCAGAAUAGCAGACGGACGAUUCUGGAGGUCACCUCUUCCUUUCUGUCAUCGACUGUUGAGGACACGGGCGCAGCGGGUGCAGCUCUGGCGAACAGUUUAGAUGAGAAGGACCCGAAAGACUGGCUGCAUGGCUGUUUGAGCAGCGAUGCAGGGCUGAAGGACGUGCUGUCAGACUGGGACUCAGACAUGGACUCUGUGGAAUGUCUUAAAGACACAGAUGUUCUUCACAAUGGCAGUCGCAGCGACCAGGAAGCCGCCCGACGCCUGGCCAGACGCCUCUACCACCUGGAGGGCUUCCGGCGCUCGGAUGUCGCAAAACAUCUGGGCAAGAAUAAUGACUUCAGUAAGAUGGUGGCAGAGGAAUACCUCACAUUCUUUGAGUUUACAGACUUGACAUUGGACCAAUCACUCAGAUCAUUUCUGAAAGCGUUCUCACUGAUGGGUGAGACUCAGGAGAGAGAGCGAGUAUUAAUUCAUUUCUCUAACCGGUUCUAUCAGUGUAACCCCACAGUCAUCACUACACAAGAUGGAGUUCAUUGCCUCACCUGUGCACUUAUGCUGCUCAACACUGACCUUCAUGGCCCUAAUAUUGGGAAGAAGAUGACAUGCCAGGAAUUCAUCAAUAACCUGGACGGACUCGAUGCAGGACAAGAUUUCCCCCGAGAGCUGCUGAAGUCAUUGUAUAACUCCAUCAAGAAUGAGAAGCUGGAAUGGGCCGUGGAUGGAGACGAGCUGAAGAAGUCUCUGUCUGAAUUGGCGGAUAAGAACAAUCACGCUCACAUGAAAAGCAUCAGUCGCAUCAGCAGUGGCAGUAAUCCAUUCCUGGACAUCACACAUGACCCAAACGCCGCCGUCUACAAAACCGGCUUCCUCACCCGCAAAAUCCACGCCGACAUGGAUGGGAAGAAAACGCCCAGAGGAAAGAGAGGAUGGAAAACCUUCUAUGCUGUUCUCAAAGGCAUGAUCCUGUAUUUGCAGAAGGAUGAGUAUAAGCCGGAAAAAGCUCUAUCAGAGGACGAUCUAAAGAACGCAAUCAGUAUGCAUCAUGCUCUAGCCAUCAAAGCCAUGGACUAUGAGAAGAAACCCAACGUUCUGAAGCUCAAGACUGCUGACUGGAGAGUGUUCCUCUUCCAGGCCCAGAGUCCUGAUGAGAUGGAGUCCUGGAUCAGAAUCAUCAACUCAGUGGCGGCCAUGUUUUCCGCACCAUCAUUCCCUGCUGCCAUUGGCUCACAGAAAAAAUUCAGCCGCCCACUGCUGCCGGCAACCACCACCCGAAUGUCUCAGGAAGAGCAACUGAAAUCCCAUGAGACCAAGCUGAAGCACGUCUCCACAGAGCUUGCAGAGCACAGAUCCUACCCUCCAGAUAAGAAGGUCAAAGCCAAAGAGAUAGAUGAGUACCGCUUGAAAGAGCACUACCUGGAAUUUGAGGAGAGCCGUUACGAGAUGUACGUGAAGCUUCUUAAAGAGGGAGUGAAAGAGGUGUUGAUGCCCAGGGAUGGAGACGCAGCGCUGAAGAAAUCUCAGUCCAGCCCCUCCCUGAACCAGGAGUCUCAGCCGGCUGCCGCCAAAGUCAAACGCAACACGUCCGAGCGGAAAGAUCACCGGCCCGAGACACCCAAGGUUACAUAGACAACCUUCAGCCUCCCGUCAGAGAGCCACUGUAUAUCAUGCGUGACUGUAUUUGGAUGUAAUUUAUUUAUCUGCUGACAGUUGUAUCAGAAAAGAUUUAUGUGAAAUGUAAAUCUCUUGGUCUCCCUUGAUCAAUGGGUGCUUGUGGAGCAAAUUGUGCAGAACAUGACAUACAUGUGUUUUAUUUUUUAUUUGUGAAUGUGCAAAGAUUUCUUUCUCUUAGUGUGUGCUGUCCCCUUCUUUGCUUUUUCUUCAAGAGAAGUAUUCUCUUCAAUUUAGUGGAAAUGUCCACAUUGAUUUUACCAUAGAUAUACUAGGCAGUAGAGUAGUAGGCUCACUUUGAAGGUUCCCUGUGAUUUUAAUAUAUAAAUUCAGUAAAUGUUGAAAUAUAAAUGCAAACAACCUCAUAACCACACAUCGAACUGACUACAGCCUGCAGCAAGGCAGAGGUUUAAAUGGUCUUUGUUUUAGACAUUUCGAGGAUCCAUCAUGAGAUUUUAGUGUAUGAUACGAUCCUGAAUUUGUUAUGAAAGCCUUUCAUUGAGUUUAAUGAUAUAUUCCGCUAUCAAUUUACUAACAAACCACCAAAUUCUCAAUAUAUAUUCUCACAGUUAAUGUAUCAUACCAGUAUGUUGCAGCGAUGGACAAACUCUAAAUAGAUAAUUUUAUAAUGAUGUUUUAGAGGUACUUGCUGAGUUCUGGCAUUUCAGACUGCAAAGUGAUGUUACCGUAAACAUCAUCAAUUGUGCAGUUUGUGCCAUUUAUUUUUUUAUCUGUUGAAGUAAAGAGUAUACUUCUGCUUUUUUGAGUAGUGUAAAUGCCAAUGCUCUUUUUGUGUAUUUUAUAAUCUUAUAUAAUUGACUUUUUAAUUCUCAGUUCCAAACGUUGUAAAGAUGACAGUAGUAUUUAUAGUGCACUUUAUAAAUGAGUUCUUUUGAGUAUUUUAGAGAGCUUUAUAAAAGGUAGUGAUAAGUUACUUUAUUAUAUCGCAGGUUGUUGGAAAAUAACCAAAUUGUGUUGAUUUAGUUGAUGGUACACAGCCGAAGGUACAGUCGUGUUAGUUUGUCUGUGGUUUGUGUUUUUGCUGUUGUUUGUUCCAGGACAUGAUUUUUAAAUGACUAUCUGCGUUGUUGUAGGACAUUUCACUUUGGAACUAUUGCUUUUCGUGAUGCUGAUCUUGAAUUUAAAAUGUCAUUGAUACAUUUGCAUUAUGGAAAGAACUGACGUGAACACUAUAUGAACGUUCUACAUUGUUUAUUGCACACCAACUAAUAUUUGCCAUACCAAACCUAUUGACUUUUUAUAACAUUUAUAAAUAUCAGUUUAUUAUCAUAGCAAUCCUUCCCAUCUAAAAUGACAUUUGUUUACUUGAAAUAUUUUUAUGGACACUUUAUUUUUGUUAGCUUUUAUGUUUUUAUUCUGAAUUUGAGUACUUUUAUCUAUUUGAUAAAUGGAAAGGAUUCAUUCAUAUCAGUCAUUUCAGGCUCUUAUAACGGACUUUAUAUUGUUGUGUCUUGUAUUUCUUGCCUUGAAAUUUCAAACACAACAGACGUCAUAACUGUUUUUUUCUCUUGUCCAGUUCUGAACACAAAAGCACUUCAUCUUUUUUUGUUUGUUUUUGCUACUUUUAGAACUAAGUGCAUUAUUUCGAGCAGUAUAUAAGCAGAUCACAACCAUAGUCAUUAAUACUACAAAACUGUAAUCAGUAUGUAAGGUGAUAUGAAGAGGUCUACUCUUCUUUUUAUGUGCAGAUGUGUUUUCUGUUGUUUGGUGUUCAUCACUUCUCCAGACCAAAUAGUUUCCUGUGACACGUAACUCUAGCACUAACCCUUUAACUGUGCAUGGCAUAAAGAGACUUAGUAUUUUUCAGAAGUCAUCUCAUGAUUUUAAGUAGGAUGUAGAAAACGGCAAAAGAAAAUGAGAAAGCAUGUUGUAACAAAGAUGGUGGCAUGCAAGUGCACUUAAGGGUUUCUGAAAGAAAAAUAGAUCUAAAAGUGAGAUUUAACAUAAAAGUCAUUCAUAAAUUGAAAAUAAUGGAAAAAUCUUGCUUAUUUUAUGAUAGUCUCACUAUUUUGAAUGGCACACUCAUUUUGUCACAUCUCUGUGUUUUCAAUGGCAUUAUUUUCCUUGAACUGAACUUGAUUUGCACGUUACAACUUAUCCAUGCUGACUCCAGCAAUGUCAUUUUUGUGUGUUUACUCUUAUCAAACCCUGUAUUUUCUGAUCUCCUCUCAAAUGAAGGAGAGCAGCUGGUUUAUAAUGCGCCUUAGCCAUCACUUGGGCCAUUUGAUGUCCAAACUCAAACAUAGUGAAUUAGUUUUUAGUUUUUUUCUUCUGUGAUCCUGUACUUUUCCUUUAAAUCUGUAAAUGUUGUUAAAUAUACCUGUUGCCCUGUGUUCAGAAAAUUGGAUUUGCUGGUGAGGUGAUCUCUUGGCACUAGCGUGUCUUACGCCUGCCUACUAAGAUCAGGAACAUAAUGUUGGCUUCAGUCAAUAAAAUACUGUAUUUAACCAUGUACUGCAUCUGCACUCAUUUUCAUGCCACACAUCUUCUGAAAGUACCUCAAAAAUAAGCAAGAAAUAACUUUUUUCCUUAUAGACUUCGUAGACUUUGUCCUAGAGUCAUGCCUACAUUAGUCAGUACACUUACCAGCAGUAUAAUAUUGCACCAGUCUAUUCAUCUACGAUCAUAUUUAACAAACAUUAUAUAUUAUGAGGAUGCUGAAUAGAUGCAUAAAAAAUAUAGCUGGAAGCAGCUGUUAUCAGACAUCAAGAGCAUUGCGUUAAGCAUGAUACAAUUAUCCUAAAUGACAUGCGCUGUAUGGCUGAUGGAAACAUCAUUCUGCUAUAGAGAGUCAUGACUUGAGUGAAUCCAAGGAUUUCCAAAGGUAUUUAUGAUCACUUUGUUUCAUUUAUUGAUAUUUUUUUUAUAGGAAACCAAGUUGCUGCAAAAUCUGAGAUUGCGCCUAAUAUAGUUUGAAAUGGUCAAAUCAAAUCAUUCUUUGUCAAUCACUCAAGUUCUAAACCUUGCAUACCAAAAUAGUUCUAUCACUUAAUCUACUCAAUACAUGACUUGUAGUACACAUUGCUAACUAAUGUUGACAAAAGGACGUAAGUUAAUUAUAAAACUCAAGUGGUUUUAUUCAUGUCUUCUAAAGUGAUAUACAGUAAUUGGUGGGAACAGAUCAAAAUGUUUUUUUUUUUUUUUACUAUAAAUCAUGUCGUUAAGACAUUACAGACAUACAGUAUGAUUUUCUGUAAAGCUGCUUUCAGAGUAUGUGUUUUGUGUUAAAUAACAAAUGAAGGGUUCAAUGAGGAAAAAUUAAGCAGCUGGUGGCAGGACUAUUCAGAUCCAAUCAGAUCAGUGUGCCAAAUAUUACAGUUUUUGACCAUGUUAUGUUUCUGCCACAUUCGUUUGUGAUGUAAAACAUGAAAAACACAACUAGCAUUUAACAGAAAAUUGUCAAAGGUUAAAAAGACCGGUCAAUCUGGUCUGUCUUGGGCAGUCAAUGCAUCAGGAUUUACUUAUGACCGUUUCAGAGACAUUUCAACGCAUACUGCAGAAUUUGUGUGAUUCAAAACCUGUUCAACAUGACCCACUUGUUGCUCCUCAUCUUAGAGCUAGGUAAUCUGGAGGCAGGGUCAACAAAAAGGUGGCCAUAAACCAGCCAGCCACAGUUCUCUCUUCUUUUCUCUACAACAGAGGGUUCAAUCACAAAGAGGCACCAAAACACUUUCCCGGACUUUCAGUUUCAUCAUACCACGGUGGUGGAAUGACCUUCCCAACUCAAUCCGGGAAGCUAACUCACUCUCUAUCUUCAAAAAAUGGCUAAAAACACAUCUUUUCCAAGAGCACUUAACCGGUCAUUAAAAAUUAAAAAAAAAAAAAAUUUAAAUUUCUUGUUGCACUUAAAUCUGUUUUGUAUACUAUUGUGAUGAUAGUGAAACUUUGUAAUAUGGCACUUUUCAUACCACUGUCUCCUUAAGAUGAUUCGCUGAUGUUCUUCCUCUUUUGUAAGUCGCUUUGGAUAAAAGCAUCUGCCAAAUGAAUAAAUGUAAAUGUAAAGUGCUCGCCUGUUUCAUUCUCACUCUCUCUCCUCAACAGUUCCCUGUAACUUUAACUGUCUUGUCUAAUGAUAAAAAGGCAAAUAUCAAUAAAACUACUAUC